UUAAAAUGUACUAUAACAAUUUUUUGUGACAUGUUCUUGUGUGUCAGUUGUAAUGUUUACUAAGUCUUAUUUUUUUAUUAUCAUUUGUUAUACGUUUGGUUAAAUGCUUUAAUUUGGAUAUCAAUUUAACAAAACUAAAGUACUUUUUUACUCAGGAAUAUUUACAAAAAUAAUCGAAACUUCCUAUUUACUAUAAAAAAUUAAAUAAAGUUGUAUCAGUUUUAUUACAUAUACAUAUAUACCUAAAAUUAGGCAUAGUUGAAAUUCUACAUUAAAUAUCAAUAAUAUCGUAAAACGUUAAACCUGGCCAACUCAUCUUCUCAUCAUGGAAGAAUUGGAGGGAUCUGAACUAGGAACGAAAGAAUAUUGGGACACUUCAUAUAAAAAUGAGCUUAAAAAUUAUAAAAGUCAUGGAGAUGUUGGGGAAAUUUGGUUUGAUGAAGAUUCGCAAUUACGAAUAUUAAAUUGGAUUCUAAAACAAAAUAUCAACACAAAUUCCAAAAUUAUAGACGUGGGUUGUGGUAAUGCUAUGUUUAUGAUAGAACUGGCGAGAGAAGGUUAUAAAUGUCUUACAGGAAUAGAUUAUUCUUAUAAUGCAAUUAAAUUGGGUACUUCAAUCGCAAAGGAUCAAAAUAUUGAUAUUGAUUUUCAUCUUAUUGAUAUGUUAAAUACUGACGAUGUGAAUAAGUUAGGAAAAUUUGAUAUUGUUCACGAUAAGGGAACCUAUGACGCUAUAAGUUUACAUCCUGAUAAUCCUAAGGUCAAGCGAGAGAAGUACAUUGAGAAUAUAUCAGCAAUUACUAAUCGAUCAGGAUUUUUUAUUAUAACUUCGUGUAAUUGGACAGAAACUGAAUUAAUAAAUACUUUUCAAUCGCAUUUUGCAAAAUUUUGUGCUAUUCCAACUCCAUCGUUUAAAUUUGGUGGUAAAGUUGGAAAUGUUGUAUCAUCAAUAGUUUUCUCACCUAAAGUCUUAUAAAAAUAUUGAAAUUAUAAAAAAAAUCAAAGA